AGCCGCUGGAGCCCUCGUAGUAGUGCCCGGCCAGCCUCGCAUGAAUUCAUGAAUUCAUCCUAUGCCAGUCUGCAAGAUCAGCAUCUGCAGAUUUUGCAGACUUUCAGAGCAUCACAGAGACGUCAUACAAAGGGGAAGCACCAUCUUUGGAGAAGGUCUUGGCAAGUGACAAUGCCAAACAGUUGCCGUCAGCACUGGAGACCUUGCUGGAUCAAGGCAUUCUUCUUGAGGAUCGGAGCUUGACUCGUGCCGUCAGUUUCUUUGGUCGCUCAAGGCUCUGGCAGCAUGCGCUCUACAUCUUUGACCUGCUGCAGGCUCACCGUGUCACUAGCAACGUCAUCACUUGCAAUGCCGCUAUGAGCUGUUUGGAGAAGUGCUCUCAGUGGCAGCUGGCACUGCAAUUCUUUCGGGACCGCUGUCGAAAGCAUCUCAUGCUGGACACCAUCAGCUACAACACUGUGCUGAGCUCAUGUGGUAAAGGACUGCAGUGGCAGACAGCUUUGCAAGUGCUCCUCUCCAUGGCUCGUGAAGGGAUUCUACCCGAUGUCAUCAGCUACGCCACGGCCGGCAGCCUCUUCAUUCAAUCAAACCACUGGACCCUGGCCACUUCCCUUCUCACGCACCAAUCCGUCUCCAUCGAUUUGAUCGGCUUUAGCAUGCUGAUGAAAUCCUGUGACGGUCCGCUGUGGCCAUUGGCUAUGAAGUUCUUCAGCAUGAUCACCGCUUCAGGCCUUGUCCCAACGGCCGCCAUCUACACGGUGGCGAUGAGCAGCUUAGACAACUCCGCCUGGCUUAAAGCAGUGAGGCUGCUGCAGCAGAUGGCCUUUGUGCGGUUGCAGUCCGAGAGCUCAAGCAUCACCAGUUUCCUCAGUUGCUUGGACUCGCGAUGGGAGACCGCCCUCCAGAGCCUCAGCAUGGUCGGGCAGCAGCAACUCCAGGUGAACUCAAUCCUCAUUAAUGCUGCCAUGAGUUCCAAUGAGAAAGCCUUUGACUGGCCGCAUGCUUUGCAUCUCUACGAGAUGUUGCAGCGUCAAUCGAUGGCAGAUUUGAUCAGCUACAACACGGCGAUCAGCGCCUGCAGUGUCCAAUGGACGAAAGCAGUGCAGCUCUUUGGUAUGAUGAGGAGGGAGAGGAUCUUCCCGAACAUUAUCAGCUACAGCUCGACCAUCAGCGCCGAACCCCCGUGGCCACUGGCGCUCGCUCUCUUCGAGUCGCUGGAAGAAGCAAGACUGGAAGUCAAUCUCAUCGCUCACAACGCUGUCAUCAGUUCCUGUGAGAAAGGCUCACAGUGGCGGAUGGCUUGCCACCUCUUGGAAGUCAUUCACCGUAACAUCGCGAUACCAGAUGUCGUCAGCUACAAUGCCUUGAUCAGCUCUGCUGAGAAAGGUUUGGAAUGGACUUUGGCCCUAUACUUUUGGUCUCGGAUGACAGAGCAGUCCAUUUUGCCUACGGUCAUCACCUUCAACGCAGCCAUGAGUGCUUGUGGACGGAAGUCCCAGUGGUCCAUCUCCGUAGAGUUCUUUGCAAGGAUGGAUGACUGGGCUGUCCAGAGAAACCUCAUCACCUUCAAUGCACUGAUGAGUGCAUGCGAAAAUGCCUCCCAGUGGCAGUGGGUCCUGGAGCUCCUUCUGCAAAUGAGCACAUCUGUCGUCGUCCGACCAGAUGUGCUGAGCUACAAUGCGGUCAUCAGCUCAUGCGAGAAGGGCUUGCAGUGGCAGUGGGCCUUGCACUGCUACACCAGCAUGAUGCUGGCGUCCAUUCGCCCCAGCAUCAUCACGUACAACUCCCUCCUCACUGCCUUCGACAAGUCGGAUGCUCCCUGGCCUUUGGCUCUGAACCUCUUCUCCGCCGCGUCGUCCGCACACGUGGCACCGGAUGCCUUGACCUUCCAUGCAGCGGUGCGGUGCUGCUGCAAGGGCCAAGGGUGGGAGAGAGCUUUGGAACUGCUGGCAGGUGCUCGGAAGGAGCUCCUCAGGAUGGAACUGUUAAGGAUGGCCAAAGGAGCUCACAGCUACAGGGAGUAGGAAGCCACGAUGAGCUCGCCAAGAGUUGCUUUUGCGGCAUCCGGAG